UUUAUUAUAAAACGGAUUAAAAAAUACGGAGAAGAGCAAAAAUCUCUUGAAUGUGUUAUAAAGCUUUGUGGAUUCAACAUUCGCUUAUAUUUUUCGUGUCUAGCUUUACUUCAGGAGUUUAAAGGAAUCCAACACAAAACAUUAGUGGAGUUUAGAAUCCGAAGCCUGCUCCACUGACGACACAAUAAAUACAACUUAUUUGCGACAUUAAACCAGCUAUUAACGACCGAUUGUGCUUUUAAAGUUGCAGUUACGACUAAUUAAACGGCAAAGAUAAGACAAUAGAGUGUUCCUGCAGCAUAUUAAACAAAGUUUUGGUCUUCUUUACUUGUUUAUCCAAUACAAUGGCAAUAUUUCAAACAGAACGUGACUCUGUCAUGCGUGAAAUAUCGAAUCAAAAUGAGGAAAUAUACAAGUUGCAUAACAACAAUAAAACAAAUGUUGCAAAAGUUAACGAUGAAAUCGACACCAUAAAAAAUGAUCUUCGCACUCUGAAAUUGCAACAUGAAGAAAUAAGAAAAGCAGUCCUAGAAAAAAUGAAAGAAUUCGACAAGUCGAAAAAGAAUUUAAAGGCUCAUACACCUAAGGUAAAUGACGAAGCAGCAAAGAAAGACCUUUCUACGAUAGCCUCAGAUGUUGAAAGCAUGAACAGAAAAAUGGAUCAUCUUAGUUUAAAACAACAACUGUUUGAGAAUGUCACAUACGACGGGCGAAUUUUGUGGAAAAUUGAUAAAGUUCAACACAGAAUUCAACAAGCAAUUGCCGGAAACGUUACUGCAUUGCAUAGCGCUCCUGCAUUUACAGAAAAAUACGGCUAUAAAUUUUGUGGCAGGUUGUACCUUGAUGGCGAUGGCAUGGGAAACCGCACUCACGUGUCUGUGUUUUUUGUUGCCAUGAAAUCAGAAUAUGAUAAUCUUCUUAGUUGGCCAAUGAAGAAAAAGGUUACCUUUCGAUUGUUCAAUUUACAGAACAGAUUAAAUGAUAUAACUGAAAGCUUUUAUGCCGAUGAAACUUCAGAAAGUUUUCUGAAACCGCAACAAGAAAUGAAUGUGGCAGCGGGUUGUCCAUGCUUUGCCAGUAAAGAGAGCUUAUUGUAUGGCGGCUUCAUCAAGGAUGAUUCGUUCUUUAUUGAGAUUACAGUGUUAUGAGCUAUAAUAAAAAGUUAUAUUCUAUUUGAAAUAUUACUACAUUCACAACCGUCACAGCUACAUAAUAAAAGCAGAACUGUAAAAAACUUUAUAGUGUGUGUAUAAACAGAAUUUUUCAGUUGUUAAUAUAAUAAAACUUUUGAUAAA